AUGGCAUCCGUUCUCGCCUUCUCUCGGUGUUCGCUGCUGCUUGUCCUCCUGCUGGCGACGGCGUCACAGGCCCUCAACGUCGGCGACCUGCUCGGGACAGCGCCUUCGGGGAGCCAGGAUUGUAGCCGGACGUGCGAAUCAUCGUUCUGCAUAGUCCCGCCGCUGCUGAGGUACGGGAAGUACUGCGGGAUCCUGUACAGCGGCUGCCCCGGCGAGAAGCCCUGCGACGCCCUCGACGCCUGCUGCAUGGUCCACGACCACUGCGUCGCCACCCACGACAAUGACUACCUGAACACGCGGUGCAACGAGAACCUGCUGAGGUGCCUCGACAGGGUGAGCCCGGAGGGGCCGACGUUCCCGGGGAACGAGUGCGGCGUCGGCCAGACGGCGUCCGUCAUACGUGGCGUCAUCGAGUCGGCAGUGCUCGCGGGCAAGAUCCUUCACAAGCGCGACGACGGCCAGUAG